AUGGAAAAAUCUAGCUCCACUUGUCUCGCGUCUCUAAUGGAAAUUCAUCCUUGUGAACUAUUCUAUCGGAGCAUCGGCCGAUUUUUGCAACACUUCAUUGUCCUUUUUGACAAUUUAUACUCAUUGUUGGCCGACUCAUUGAUUUUAUUUGUGCUUCCAUUUCAUCCACCGCGUGAUUCAGUCAACCCACAUUGCAAGAAUCCCUUGGGCGGCUCAAGAGCAACAUUCUCGAAAAUUUCUCAAACCCUCAAAACUUUUGACACAAUCACUGCACCAUCUAUUGCGACCAACAGCAAUUCCACUUGUCGAGAAGAUUCUCAGCCAUUGCCCAACCUCCCGCCGGAAAUCAUCGUGGAAAUACUAUCAAGACUUCCCGUCAACCCUCUGUUGCGAUUGAGGUGCGUUUGCAAGUCAUGGCGUUCUUUGAUUUCUAAUCCCAAAUUCGCGAAAACCCAUCUCUGUCUAGCAUCUGCAAACACUGAUUAUACCAACCAUAGACUCCUUCUAAACAGUUUGUAUCCCCGUGCUGGUGUCAAGUCAUGCUCUCUUUACUGUAUUUUGAAUGAGAAAUCUGAUAGUGCUGUACAACUUGAUUGUCCUUUGAAAGUACCUAAUCUUCGAGUUACGAUUUGGGGUUGUUGUGAUGGUUUAGUGUGCAUUGGAACGAAUAGGGAAGUAUUUAUAUGGAACCCGCCCGCUAGGAAAUACAAAGGAUUGCCGAAUGUUGAGAUGUUGCGCGAUUGCUUCGCGAGGUUUGGGUUUGGUUAUGAUGAUUACAAGGUGGUGGGAUUCUUUUUUGAUAAGCAUGCUAGUGGUUCUGUGCCCAACGUGAAGGUGUAUACAUUAAGGUCUGAUUCGUGGAGAAGGAUAGGAGACUGUCUUCAUUGUGUUCCUCCGGAUGCCGUAGGGGCAUUUGUGAACAGGGCCCUGCACUGGAUCCAUUUGUCAGCGAGUAGUGAUUCCAAUGAUAUUAUUGUUUCUCUCGAUUUGGUGAAGGAAAUGUAUGGAGAGGUUUCGGAGCCUGAGUAUCGAGAUAUUUAUUUUUAUGACAUCUCGUUGGGAGUUUUAGAUGGAUGUCUGUGCAUACUCCAUAACUGCUCCGGUGCUUGUUCUGAUGUAUGGGUGAUGAAGGAAUAUGGUAUUAGAGAUUCUUGGACCAAGUUGGUUGUCAUACCUUAUCUGUCACAUCCAUCGGAACCUUAUCUGUCACAUUCGUCGGAUUGUUCGUUUUCCGCACCAUUAUGCAUUUUGGAGAAUGGUGAAGUUUUACUAAAUACUACUACGAAUUUUGUUCGGUACAAUCCCAAUGAUGGCACAUUUAGUUAUCCUAAGAUUUAUAAUUGGAGUUACACUUAUUCUCCAAGUUGUUUUAGUACUUGUUCUCCACGUAGUUUUAGUGUGUAUCCCUACGUUGAGAGCCUUGUCUUGCCUGACUCCGAUGCUGACAGUGGGUUUCAGUGGCAACACCAAUACUGA